CGCCCCGGAGGGUUUUUUUCUGUCAGUCACCAUGGAGGUACAAAGCGCAGAGGCAUGGCGGCGUUCUCUUCUGAUUUAAUGGACUGGCGAGAGACAAAGCGCUCUGUAGAGAAACAGUGCCGUUGUUUUUUUGUUGCGCUGUGCAUUUAUUUUUCGCGCGAAUGAAUGAGCGCAGGAGGACACGCGUUUCCUACCCAGCCGAUGUCUUUGCCUGGCAGUCUGCGAUUGUUUUAGAAGCGCAAUGCUCAAUCGGAGAGCUUAAUCCUUUUGCAGCUUGAAGAAAGACAGAAAAAGAGAGAGAAAGAAACAAAGGAGACAUUUUUGUACAUUUUUAAAUUAGAUAUUAUUGUUAUGCGUUUUAAAUGGAACUUUAUUUUCUUGGAAAGUGGUACCGCGGCAACUUUGCCUGUUUUCUUCUGCACCCUCUCGCGAGCUGAGAGCGCCUCCGUAGAAGACUGCGAAGCGGGAUUUUUUCCUUUGGGAUUGGAUUGAUAGAACAACUCAAAACCGCGGCUGGAAGCGCGGCCUGCGGGACCGGCACCGGGAACUGACGCCGGGAGGGGACGGGACCGGCAGCAACUAACCCGUUCUUUACUGAAGAUUCUUCCUCUCCCACUCCUCUUUUUGUGUUCUUCUUAUCAAUUAUUUGCAUUGUGGAGGGGACCAGAAUGGCGUCCUACGUGGAUAACAGUUUCCGACAGGCGGUGAUGAAAAAUCCGGCAGAAAGGACGCAACAGGAUUUAGAAAUUGUUUACUCCUAUCUUCAUGGAAUGGAAGCUUUAUCAAAUCUGAGGGAGCAUCAGUUAAGGUUAAUGUGUGAAACUGUGCGUUAUGAAAGACAUGAAGCAAAUGAAGUUUUGUACUACCCUGAUGACAUUGGUACCUGUUGGUAUAUCCUCCUGUCUGGUUCAGUGUUCAUCAAAGAAUCCAUGUUUUUGCCAAGGAGCAGUUUUGGCAAGCGCUCAGCAGGAAGCCUCAGGCGUGGAUGUGAAUGCAUUGUCUUGGAGCCUUCAGAAAUGAUUGUGGUGGACUAUAUGGAUGAAAAUGAGGAAUAUUUUCAGCGGCAAGCAUCUCACAGGCAAUCUCGCAGGAGAUUUAGGAAGAUUAACCAGAAAGGAGAGAGACAAACCAUUAUUGACACUGUGGAUCCGUACCCAGUCGGGAAACCACCUCUACCCCGAGGAUACCAUACGGAAUGCACUAAACCUCAGCUUCCUGCAGAUUUCAGCAAGCUCCACCUCACAGACAGCCUUCAUCCACAGGUGACGCACGUCUCCUCCAGCCAUUCAGGAUGUAGCAUUACAAGUGACUCUGGCAGUAGCAGUCUGUCCGAUAUUUACCAGGCCACAGAGAGUGAGGCUGGGGACAUGGAUUUGAGUGGGCUGCCAGAGACAGCAGUGGAUUCGGAGGAGGAUGACGAUGAAGAGGAUAUUGAAAGGGCAUCAGACCCUCUGAUGAGCAGGGAUAUAGUCCGAGACUGCCUUGAGAAGGAUCCCAUGGACAGAGCUGACGAUGAUAUUGAGCAAUUACUAGAGUUCAUGCAUCAGUUGCCUGCAUUUGCAAACAUGACAAUGUCUGUAAGGAGGGAGCUUUGUGCAGUGAUGGUGUUUGCAGUGGUAGAGCGAGCCGGAACAAUUGUGCUCAAUGAUGGGGAAGAGCUGGACUCAUGGUCAGUUAUUUUAAAUGGAUCUGUUGAAGUGACGCAUUCAGAUGGACGGACUGAAAUACUUUGCAUGGGUAACAGCUUUGGAGUCUCCCCUACUAUGGAAAAAGAAUAUAUGAAGGGAGUGAUGAGAACGAAGGUAGAUGAUUGCCAGUUUGUCUGCAUCGCCCAGCAGGAAUACUGCUGCAUCCUCAAUCAAGUGGAGAAAAACAUGCAGAAAGUAGAAGAGGAGGGGGAGAUUGUCAUGGUGAAAGAGCACAGGGAGCUGGACCGCACAGGAACCCGUAAAGGGCACAUUGUCAUCAAGGGCACACCUGAAAGGUUAACGAUGCAUCUAGUAGAGGAACACUCUGUGGUGGACCCCACAUUCAUUGAAGACUUUCUUUUAACAUACCGAACUUUCCUGUCUAGCCCGAUGACAGUGGGCAAGAAGUUGUUGGAGUGGUUUAAUGACCCCAGCCUCAGGGACAAGGUUACACGGGUAGUGCUGCUUUGGGUAAACAAUCAUUUCAAUGAUUUUGAAGGAGAUACAGCCAUGACACGCUUUCUAGAGGAUUUUGAAAACAAUUUAGAGCGAGAGAAAAUGUUUGGACAUCUACGACUGUUAAAUAUUGCCUGUGCUGCUAAAGCUAAACGAAGACUAGUAACACUAACAAAGCCUUCCAGGGAAUCUCCACUGCCCUUUCAGCUUUUAGGGGGAUCAGAGAAAGGGUUUGGAAUCUUCAUUGACAGUGUGGAAUCUGGGAGCAAAGCUGCUGAGGCUGGCUUAAAGCGUGGCGAUCAGAUUUUAGAGGUUAAUGGACAAAACUUUGAAAAUAUUCAGCAUUCAAAAGCCAGUGAAAUCUUAAAGAAUAACACCCACUUGUCUAUCACUGUGAAAACCAACUUGUUUGUUUUUAAAGAACUUCUAGCAAGACCAGCUGAAGAAAAGAAAAAUGGCGCUCCCCACCUCCCAAAGAUUGGUGAUAUUAAGAAAGCUAGUCGCCACUCAAUUCCUGACCUAGCAGUAGAUGUUGAACAGGUUAUAGGACUUGACAAAUCGAACAAAAAGGGCAAAGCCAACACUGUAGGUGGAAGAAACAAAUUGAAAAAAAUCCUUGACAAGACCCGGAUUAGCAUUCUGCCACAGAGACCAUAUAAUGAUAUUGGAAUUGGACAAUCACAAGAUGACAGCAUAGUGGGAAUGAGGCAGUCUAAUCACAUCCCUCCUGCUCUACCUGUGAGUGGCACAUUAUCGUCAAGCAAUCCUGACCUCCUUCAGUCUCAUCACCGCAUACUGGAUUUCAGCAAUCCUCCUGCCACAGGCUCUCAUAAUUUGCCAGAUCAAGUUCUUAGAGUUUUUAAAGCCGACCAGCAAAGUCGUUAUAUAAUGAUCAGCAAAGACACAACAGCAAAGGAAGUUGUGGUCCAGGCCAUCAGAGAAUUUGCACUAACUGCCGCUCCCGAGGCCUAUUCUCUCUGUGAAGUUUCAGUCACUCCGGAAGGUGUCAUCAAACAGCGCCGUCUUCCAGACCAGCUGUCAAAGUUAGCAGACAGAAUACAACUCAGCGGAAGGUACUAUCUGAAAAACAACAUGGAAACAGAGACAUUGUGCUCUGAUGAAGAUGCGCAGGACUUGCUGAGAGAAAGUCACAUCUCACUUCUGCAGCUGAGCACUGUGGAGGUUGCUACUCAGCUGUCCAUGAGAAAUUUUGAACUCUUCCGUAACAUUGAGCCCACGGAGUACAUUGAUGACCUCUUUAAGCUCAAGUCAAAGAUUGGCUGUGUUAAUCUCAAGAAAUUUGAAGAAAUCAUCAACCAAGAGACCUUUUGGGUGGCUUCAGAAAUUGUGAGAGAGCCAAACCAGCUAAAGAGAAUGAAGAUCAUAAAGCAUUUCAUUAAAAUUGCAUUGCAUUGUAGAGAGUGCAAGAACUUUAAUUCUAUGUUUGCAAUAAUCAGUGGACUGAACUUAUCUCCAGUAUCAAGACUACGUGGUACUUGGGAAAAGCUUCCAAGCAAGUAUGAGAAACUGUUUCAAGACUUGCAAGACCUCUUUGAUCCCUCGAGAAACAUGGCCAAAUAUCGUAAUGUCCUCAAUAGCCAAAAUCUGCAACCUCCUAUCAUUCCUCUCUUUCCGGUGAUAAAGAAGGACCUGACAUUCCUGCACGAAGGCAAUGACUCAAAAGUUGAUGGCCUGGUGAAUUUUGAAAAGCUAAGAAUGAUUGCAAAAGAGAUACGCCACGUUGGCCGCAUGGCUUCAGUGAACAUGGAUCCUGCUUUGAUGUUCAGAACUAGGAAGAAGAAAUGGCGAAGUCUUGGGUCCCUGAGUCAAGGAAGCACAAAUGCAGCAGUGCUGGAUGUGAGUCAGUCUGGAGGCCACAAGAAGCGUGUUCGCCGGAGUUCAUUUCUAAAUGCCAAAAAAUUGUAUGAGGAUGCCCAAAUGGCUCGCAAGGUCAAACAAUACCUGUCCACCUUGAAUUUAGACACUAAUGAGGACUACUUGCAUACCAUCUCUCUACAGUGUGAGCCAUCUACCAAUACAUUGCCCAAAAGUUCAGGAGACAAGAAGAGUGGAAAGUCAGAUACAUCACCUGUCAUUCCUAGAGCAGCUAACCAGCAGCCGCAGCAGCAGCAAAAAGGAAUUCAAGCACUUCAGGUUCCAGCUGUUUCACUUUAUCCUUCUCGAAAGAAGGUACCAGUGAAAGAUCUGCCACCAUUUGGUACCAGUUCACCGCAGGCUUUAAAGAAGCUUCUCUCUUUAUCAGAGGAAGCAAGUGAACGACUCAGAAAGCCACCUGAGGAUGCCAUAUCGAAUGCAUCUUCACAGCUGUCUUCCCCACCAACGUCUCCUCAGAGCUCACCUAGAAAAGGUUAUCCUUUGGUUCAGAGUGGAACAAUUGAUAAUUUUUCAGACUCUGGGCACAGUGAAAUUUCUUCCCGGUCCAGCAUUGUUAGCAACUCCUCCUUUGACCUGAUGUCAGGCCAUAUUCAUGAUGAGAGGAGGCAGAGACAUUCAGUCAGUGUGGUUGACUCCAGCUUGGGUAUGGGAAGGUUGGAGAGAAGAGCCACUCUUGACCCUGACCAGUACAGCCUUAGUUCUUAUGCAUCAAUGCAUGAAGGUCGAAAUUUGUAUGCCAGUGGUACAGUGCUUUCAUCCCCAAGUUCAGAAGAACUUAUGCAAGAUCAGGGAGAUAGAGCCUCACUUGAUGCUGCAGACAGUGGUCGAGGAAGCUGGACUUCUUGUUCUAGUGGGUCACAUGACAAUAUUCAAACAAUGCAGCACCAGAGGAGCUGGGAAACACUGGCAUUUGGACACCCACAUUUUGAUAGCUCUGUUGAAGGUGCCGGACUAUGGGCAUCAGGCUGUCAAAUAGAGCACAACAUGUAUAUAGACCAAAGCUCAAAGCUUGGCCGCAACGCCCAGGAGCUUGGGCAGUCCAGAGGGAGCUGGGCCUCCUCCACUGGCUACUGGGGUGAAGAGUCUGAAGGUGAUACAGGGACUAUAAAGAGAAGGGGAGGCAAAGAUGUUACUGCUGAUGCAGACACGAGUAGUGUGACAUCUGAAGACUCCAAACACAGCAGGCCUCCUCAUAUUGCAAUUCCAUCUGGAACAGCAAAAGGUCUAAUUGCACGGAAAGAAGGCAGGUUUCGGGAGCCCCCUCCGACCCCACCAGGCUACACAGCCCUGACCAUUUCUGACUUCCCAGAGGCACAAGCGCACACUGGCAGGAAACCCCCUGAUUACAACGUAGCACUGCAACGGUCCCGCAUGGUGACACUCCCUGGUGAUCCUCAGCAGACACGCACAGGCACCAGGCCUCUUGGUCGACCGCAGUGGCACAAGCCAAAUGAAGCAGACCCACGGCUAACUCACUUCCAGUCCCAAGGGUUCUCAGCUGAGGAAGAGGAUGAAGACGAACAGGUGUCUGCGGUUUAGCCCACCUGGCCCCCGGGAGACCUGGACAUCCUUCAUUUGUGUUUGGUGGAUGCACCUCGCCUUCUUCCUUGCCUUAAAGCAGCAUGGGGCUUUGUGUAACCCCGCAUGUGGAAUACUGUGAAGAAAACACCUUGGCACUUUGGAAAACUCUCGAUUCAUUUGGAGGUCCCCCUCGACCGUUUACACGUCUUCACCAACCCAUUAGCCUGUGGCUGCAUUUUUAACCUUCUCUUGGGGUUAUUUUACUGACUGUUCCCAGUUACCCGCCUCACCAUUGCGUUGUUUGAAAAUGCACAGCGCAGUCGGAGGACUUCGUGCCCCAGUGGCGAGUACGCCUUGGAGGGGUCUCUCGUAGCCUUGCUCUAUUGCAAAGAAUUGGUCGCACUGUUCUUUUCUAUUUGAUAAACCUUCUGUUUCUAAAUGCGCUGGUGUUGUAGCGUUCACAUAGGCUUCUGCACUGUGUGUUUCCUAACAAGGUGGUCCCACUGUGCACAGGAUUCCCUCCCCAAUUGCUGAGGAUCACUGAGUUGUGGCUGUAUUUUGCAUUUUUUUCUAGAAUCUUCUUCUUUUUUGUUUGUUUAUUUUUCUCUGCAUCGUUGCUGCUUCUACCAAUUCUCCUUGGCUCCUCAACUGGUUUUUGCAGCAAAAUUUGGAAGAAAAUAAAAACAGCACACUCUUCGUCUGGUCGGUGUGUAGACGCGCACCCUUCGGCCGCGGCUUUUUGUUAUUUUUUUUUCGGAUUAUAUAUAUAUACACUUAUCAGUAUCAAAACAAGCAACCCUCUGUCCCCACAAGAACCAUUCCAAGAUUUUCUUAUGUCUCCUUCACACCAUCUCUUUGUCUUUGGGUGCCCUCUUUUGUUAAUCUUUUUUUUGUUUGUUUGUUUUCUUCUCCUUCAAAGAUUUUCUUGAUUCCUCCAAGUGUCUCUGGAACCGCAGCUCGUUCAGUAAACACAAGUCCAUGUUAUUGGCACCAUGUGCAAACGUUUUUAUAUUUGAUGAAUUUCAUGCAUGAAGUACUCGGACAAUAACACAGCAAUGAUUGUUUCAGAUUUAACCAAGUUUUUAUGUUGCAGUUUUAUGAUAUUGUGCUUAGAGAACAAAUGUGUUAAUUCAUAAUUGCAGUAUUAUUUUACAUGUUUUAAGUUAUAAAUUUUUUUAUUUUUUUGUAUUUAAACUGGAUGACAUUGCAGUGUAAAGGCAGCUCCUUGUCUCCUCUUAAUGCUAACUAAAGUGAGCGUUUUUUUUUUUUUAUUUCCCUGUACUGACUUGAUAAAAAAAUAUAUAUAUAUAUAUAUAUUAAAAAAUCUUGCAUUUUCAAAGGUAUACAUUCACCAUUCUGUUAGAGUCUUUGCCAAUGAAGAAUGGAGAUCAAGUUCACGUUGGCAAUUAGUAGACUACACUGCAUGUCCAGAGGUUGUGAAACACCAGGCAACACCAUCAACAGUAAAGAAAAACUCCGUGGUGGGCUUAUUUGUUGAGCAGCAAAAUAUUUCUAUUUGGUUUUCAUCUUUUUUAUUUUUUUUUUAAUUGUUAAUCGUGGAUUGUCAUUAUUAGCGGACGGUUUGAUUAGCCACUUUGUUAAUCUGGGAUAGUUAUGAGUGCAACGAUAGAAACUCUUAUUCGAAAUAACUAAAACAUUGCAGUCGGCGAUCAAUAAGGUAUUGUCCUUAACUGCCACCAAAAUGGAGUUUUUCAUCAUUUUUUUUUUCUGCUCUAUUGCCCAUUUCUGAUGAGAACACUCCUGGUAGUCGGACCCCUGCGCCUCUGCAGUUGCCUCCUGUUUCAUUACCUUCUCGUAGCCUAGCACAUAACAAAUUGUUCCCUGCUGCUAUUUAUUUCCCCUUUUAAUGACUGAAAGUCAGAUUUCCUUUGAUAUUGUUGCACAGACUCCAGGAAAUGAUAAAAUAAAAUAAAAAUAAAAAUUGAAGGCUGCCAAUCUGAGUAGUACUCAUAUGUGAGGAACUGCAAUUUGUUUCUAUUUUUUUUUUUUUUUCAAUUUCAUUUCUGAUCAGCUGAUCAUAUUGAUCAGUAGCUAGUUAUAGAAUAAACUAAAAAAAGAUGAUUGCAGUGUUUUUUCACUGUAUUAUAUAACAUCAGUGCUUUAUUUAAUAUUUUGCUCUCCUAAGAAAACUUGUAUUUUCUUUUGGCUGAUUUUGCAGAUAUAUCAAUUGUUGGUUAUUUAACAGUAAUAUGCAUUAAUCAGUUUCACUAUAUAGUCUAUGGAGAUCGUGUGCAUAUAGGCAGGCAAAAUCCUAGUUCUAAAUCAAGUUGCACAAAAAUGUAUAAGCAUUAGGUAACUGUAGUACAAAACUGCUAAUCUCAGUUUGAUCUGUGAUGUCAAGUGCAAAAUGUACAUUUAACUGGUUAUUUCCUCAUACUUUUGAUACUACUUGUACCUGUAUGUCUUUUAGAAAGACAAUUGGUGGAGUCUGUAUCCCUUUUUUUGUAUU